UGCUAUAACUUUAAAGAAACAUACAUUCCCAAGAUGCAGCCAGGAAAAAUAAUUGAAGACGCAGUCAGAUAUGUGGCGUUCAAUCAAGAUCAUUCUGCUCUUUGUGUGGGAUGUAAUUCUGGCUUCAAGUUAUUUUCCCUUAAUAAUAUCGAAAAAAUGGAUGAAGCUUUUUAUGAGGGCAAUCUGACAAAUGUAGUUAUUGUUGAACGACUCUAUUUAUCUAGCCUAGUUGUGACAGUGAGUCAAAAUACGCCUAGACGAUUGAGCUUAUGCCAUUUCAAGAAAGGAACUGAAAUUUGCAAUUACUCAUAUCCAAAUCGUGUUCUGUCUGUAAAGUUGAAUAGAAAGCGCUUAGUUGUAUGCUUAGUGGACAGUCUCUAUAUACAUAACAUCAAAGACAUGAAAGUUGUGCAUACGAUAAAAGAAACUCCAGAUAACCAUCACGGAGUUUGUGCCCUUUGCUCUUCAGACGAGUGCGGAUACCUGGCGUACCCUGGCUCGUCAACUAUGGGGGAGGUGCAAGUAUUCGACGCACACCACUUAGUCCCUGUUGUUACCAUUCCGGCACAUGAUAACCCACUCACCGCAAUGAGUUUCAGCAGAGGUGGCGACAAACUGGCUACUGCGUCAGACAAGGGCACUGUAAUCAGGGUUUUCUCUAUGCCCGAAGGCAACAAGGUGUUCGAGUUCAGAAGAGGAGUGAAACGAUGUGUCACCAUCUACUCCCUCUCAUUCAGCAAUGAUUCCUUAUUGCUCGCCUGCUGCAGCAACACCGAAACUAUACACAUAUUCAAACUAGAAACGGCCUCUAACAGACUGUAUUCAAAUGCGCCAGUGACAAACGGACAAAGAGCACUUCCCAACUCUUCUCAAAAUUUCAAUGACAGCGCCAAUAGUCAAACAUGGAUGGGCUAUUUUGGUCAAGCGAUAAUGGAUAGCGCCUCUUACUUGCCUUCAAAUGUGGGCGAAAUGUUUACGCAAGGACGGGCUGCAUUUCAAGCAAGGAUUCCAUCAUUCAACGAAGACUCCACUUUCUUCAACACAUGUGCUCUGGCAUGGAUCAAUAAAAUUCUGAGGUUGGUCGUAGCUAGCACCUCAGGCCAAUUGUAUAUUUUCAAUGUUGACUUGUCUGAUUCAACAGGGGAGUGUGCUCUAAUUCGGCAGCAUAAAAUUGACGGAAGCACUGGGUUAGGAGUAGGUGGAAGUCGAAAAUUGAGCACUCCCAAUGGAUCAAAAGCGUCAACAGGGAGUUCGGUUGCUGCAAAAAGCAACCCCCAGCGAGUUCCCGGCAUGUCUGCUCGGACUAGCUCCCAAAGUUCGGGCGAUUAUCCACAUCAGAAUAAUGUUGUUACCUCAGAGGAGCAGAAUAGUCCGCGGACAUCAGGUGGAAUCGACAUUCCUCGCUCAAAUUCAAUUGAGGCGAACCAGGACUUGAACUAUUUACCCGGUGUUACCCAUUUGUCUUUCCCUUAUACAGCAGGAGAAGGCUCUUUCGGAAAUAAUCAGGUGCACACCGCCUCGUCGCCUGGCAGUGCGACAGGAGUCUCGUAUGCCGGUGCUUUGGGAACAUCGCCGGGAGCAGUGGAAGAAACGGCGAACCAAUUCCAGGCUGCAAUUAGGUUGGACGAUGAUAGCGAAUUCCCUCCUAUGACUAUGCAUACAGAUGACUGAACUGCAAAACUUCUAAAUAAUAUAUCUAGCAAGGCAAAAUGAUUUUUUGAACGAUUAGAUUGAAUUUUAGAAUCAAAAGAAACAAGUCGAACGUAUUGCCACUGUAUUGCUUAAGUGAAUUCUAAUUUUUCGUUCUCUAAUGGUUAUUUGUUUGCCUCGAAGAUAUACUAUUGGUUUAUAGAUUUUACUUAUUGUAUGGGUUAAGGUUUUAUGUUCUUUUCGUUACCAGUGUCCGAAAUACGUCCAGCUGUGCAGUUGUCAAGUCACUCAUGAGAUUUAGUUUUGUUAGAUAGAUUUAGUUGAUAAAUUGAAAAAUGAUUUUCCUCCUACCAAAUGGCGCUAAAUUUUACACCUUCAAAUGAGAGAAAUGCUUAGAGUUAGUUAAUAAUUGUAAUAUUAUGAAUCAUCCGAGAAUACUCAGUCUCUAUCCCCUUUAUUGUCACGGACAGUUAAUGCGAUUCCCAUAGUUUAUUGUAAUAGAAAAAAUAGCUGAAAA